GAACAAAUCCGAACUUAAUUUGAAAUAACCUGAACUCCAAUAAUCAUUCACUUCGUUUGCGAUCCCAGUCACAAGUCACUCCUACACUGGCCUAAACUCGUCCAGAGCCCGGCCUCGUUAGCGCAGGCGUCGAUGUAUUGAGGAGGUGGAGAAGAAAGCCACAGUUGUCAGUUAUCACACCAAAUUCGCCAGAGAUUUCCACAGCUUCGCGACAGGGGGAGGCACACAAAGUUGAAAUUUUUUUGGAGUGGGAAAGAGGAGGCACAGAUUACUCUGUUUGAAGGCAAGUUGUCCAUUCACCUUGAACAAUUUCAAUAUACUAAAAGGGCCCAAAUUAAUCUUUAUGAUUUCAAUACCAUUAUCAUCAUCUUUGUGCCCCGUUUCAUCCCAUCUUCAUAGACCUAUACUGAAUAUCUUCGCACAACCUUCAAAAUCUCACUUUUGCUCAUACUAUCUUAAAUGUCACAAAUGCCCCUCACUCUCUACAACUGCUUCAAGUAAAGGAAAAUGUUUUGUAGUUAGCGUUGAGGAUGUUGUGGAGAAAGACUGGUCAUUUCUUGACAACGACAAUGGUGAAGAAAAUUAUAAUCAAAACAUUGACAGAAUUAUAAGCGCCGGAGGGAUAUCAAACAAUUCAAAGGUUCUAGUUUCAAUCAGUUCCGAAGAAUUUGUGGAUAGAGUUGUUGAUUCAUCCCCUAGCAAACAAGUUCUUGUGGUUCAUGAUUCUCUCUUUGCAUUGGCAUGCAUCAAAGAGAAAUAUGACAAUGUUAAAUGUUGGCAAGGGGAACUUGUCCAUGUGCCCGAAAAGUGGGCUCCUUUUGAUGCAGUGUUUAUCUACUUCCUUCCUGCCAUACCCUUUGCGCUUAGUCAAGUUUUGGACACACUUGGGAAGCGAUCUGUGGCAGGUGCAAGAAUUGUGAUAAGUCACCCCCAAGGCAGGCAAAUGCUUGAAGAACAACGCAAGCAAUUCCCCGACGUGAUAGUCUCGAACUUGCCAGAUAUGGAAACACUUCAAGACGCUGCAGUUGAGAACUCGUUUGAGGUUCUUAACUUUGUCGACAAACCGGGGUUUUACCUUGCUGUCCUGAAAUUCAAGGGAGGGGCUUAAUUAGCAAGAUAAACUGCCAUAGAAGAUUUUAGCAGCAAAGAACCACAAAUCCAAUAUGUAUUCCAACAGUCAAAGUCUGGUGAGUGUAGGAUAGGAUAUAUGCAGACCUUAUCCCAUACUUCAAUUUAGCCUCUUGUGGAUUUAUAAUUUUGGAAUACUUUUAUUGAAUAAUUUUGUUGAACACUCUUUGGAUUUCCCUGGCCAUUUUUACACUUCAAUAACUUACAUUGAUUAUCCAUUUUUUUUUGGAUUUCCCUAGCCUUCACAAUAAACUUAUGGUAUGUUU